CAUACCACGCUUUUUAUGUCCUUACAGAACUAUACACAAUAUGAACGUACAUAUUUCCGGGUGUUUUGUUUACUUUGAUAAUCUUUAUUAUUAAAGAGAAAUCAUUUGGUUAUAAAUAUUGCAUGACGAUGCAGCAUAUAAAAUGUGUCGUUGUAGGAGACGGAUAUGUAGGAAAGACAUGUAUUUUAAUGUCUUAUUCUAGCAACAAAUUCCAACAUGAACACGUUCCUUCAAUAUUUGACAAUUAUAAUGCGAAUUUAAUGGUAGAUGGUAAUUGUAUAGAGCUAGGGUUAUGGGAUACAGCAGGACAAGAUGACUAUGACAGACUGAGACCAUUGUCGUAUCCACUCACAGACAUAUUCCUUUUGUGUUUCACUGUUGAAGGUCCAGUAAGUUACCAAAAUAUUGAACUAAAAUGGUUUCCCGAAGUCCGCCAUCACUGUCAUGACGCACCACUGUUACUUGUUGGAACAAAGAUUGACUUAAGAAAUACAUAUGAAAGAAUGAAAAACAAGCCACAGACACAGGAACAAACGUUUAUAACACACGAACAGGGACAGGCACUAGCUGAGAAAAUAAGAGCCGAAAAAUACGUAGAAUGCUCUGCAAUGACACAAGAGGGUCUAAAGGAAGUUUUUGAAGAUGCUGUUAGAAUAGUUCUACAUCACAAGAAAAUAAGACAGGACGGUCAAGGGAAAUGUGGUUUACUAUAACCAUAUUUCACUAUUGUAUUUUACUGUUAUAAGAAUAAAAUACUCGUUUUCAUUGAGAAUAUUAUUACUCUAUAUGGAUUUUUAUUUGACGAAACGUACCAAAAUUGAACUUGCCUUUAUAUUUUUUUAAAAGGACACCAAAUGCACCUAACAGAGAUAAGCCAUCAAAAGCACUUGACAUAACUUCUAUUUUUGAUUGGACUACACGAUAUGUAUGUAUACGUUGCAAAAAUAUUUAGUUUUUGUCUAGACUUUCUCUAUACCCGUGGAUUUUGGUUUUGGAUUGGAUCGAGUGUCUUUUUCUAUGAGCAUGUUUUUUUACUUGAGGAUGCUUUUGUUUCGAUUUUUGUUGUUGUUGAGUUUUUUUGGGAGGAGGGGGGUGAAAACAAUAGAAGAUUAUGUUUGCGAACUAACUUAAAGUAAAUCAUUGAAGGAUGCGAUAAGGAUACUAUAGAUUUUCGUUAGUGGAAAGCAUGUUUUUACUAUCUUCCUCAUUUUAGUAGAUUUUGUUUAUUUGCGAACAAGGAAGAUUUUAUAAGCAUACAACGUAUCGGGAAAUAUAAGAUGAAUACCUGUCAAUCAUAAAUGCCAGCUAUAAGAUCUAAUUAUAAACUCAACUCAACGUGCGGAACGUACAUCGCUUUACUAUUAUGGGAUUUUGUUUAUGGUUUAACAAUAAAAAAAGCUAAAUAGUAAAAAUUUUGUUUGGAGAUAAAAGAUUAAACUUGUUACCUGUACAUCUUAUUAUAAUAAAAUAUUGUUAUAUUCUU